AUGAUCAUCAAAGAGAAAGCAAACUUGGAGAGUCGCGCCAGAAUGAUGAUCAGGAGGCAAGGACAACAUCUCUUACUUACAUAUGAUUUCAAAAAUUUUCAUGUUUUUGUGUUGCUAUUAUCUUUCCAUGAGAUCAUCUCAAGUUCUGAUCAAGUAGAGAAGUCUUUGGUUGACAAGUAUGGCAUAUCACAUGGCAGAUCAAGUGAUCAUAAACUAUUUCCACCGUCUUCGUUCCAAGCUGUGGUAAAUGAUCACGAUAAUAGCAAUUUCCACAACUUAUCCUCAUCGAAAAUGGAGGAUGGAGCUGAAGGAAGUGGUGAUAGUUCAGUCAAAUGGAUGCCCUCAAAGAUGAGGUUGAUGCAAAAAAUGACCAACUCAAAUUGCUCCGGAACUGAUCAUAAACCAAUGAAAUUGACGCUCAAGUUCCCCAAUCAGCAAUAUCAGAAUAACGACAUCAACUCCUCCAGCAACAGCAGCAGUAACAGCAAUAUUAGAGUCUGCUCGGAUUGUAACACUACCUCAACUCCACUUUGGAGGAGUGGCCCUCGUGGCCCUAAGUCACUUUGCAAUGCCUGUGGGAUUCGGCAAAGGAAGGCCAGGCGGGCUAUGGCAGCGGCCGCAGCAGCUGCAAAUGGCACAGUUAUUGACAUUGAGGCCUCGUCGUCUACGAAGAGUACCAAGGUAAACAACAAAGUAAAGAAAUUGAGGACGAGCCAUGUUUCGCAAAGCAAGAAACUGAGCAAGUCUCCUGAAUGUUCACCUCUUCAACAGAGCCAAAAGAAGCUUUGUUUCAAGAAUCUUGCAUUAAGUUUGACCAAAAAUCCAGCCAUACAACGAGUGCUUCCACAUGAUGUGGAAGAAGCUGCAAUCCUACUAAUGGAACUAUCGUGCGGCUUUAUUCAUAGUUGA